UGUGCGGCCAACUGGUGGUGGGACAGUGAAGUUUCUCGCAGGAGUCUCGAGUUGGACACCGCUGGUUUCAUAAUGAUCUCCGCAUCUUGCAUUUUGGCGCUCGGGCUGUUUUCGUCUGCGCUGGGCAGACAUCAGUACGAAGGGGGAAAGUUUUCACAUUUGAGGAGGCUGCAGGGGGAGUUGGGUGGUGAUGAGGAGCGACUUAUUCCAGAGAGGAAGGAGCUGCCGAAGCGCAGCGCAGGACUGAAUGAACAGACAUGUACAGCUUUGCCCGGAGUAGAGUCAGCCCUGCUGAACGACACCAGCACUUUCACAUUCAAGGUGCAGACCUUGGGUUCGCUGUCUUUAGCCUGGGUGGGCGAUGGAUCAGGGGUGCUGCUGGUGUUGACAACCUUUCAGGUGCCUUUGUUCAUGAUCCGCUUCGGCCAGUCUAACCUCUACAGGAGUGAAGACUAUGGGAAGACGUUCAAAGACGUGACUCAUCUGAUUAACCACACCUUCAUCCAGACAGAGUUCGGCAUCGCUAUCAGUCCAGACCACUCAGGGAAGGUGAUCCUGAGCGGUGAUGUGUCCGACGUCGGGGGUUUUCGGCUGUUUCGCUCGCAGGACUUCGGACUGACCUUUGUUUCCACCGACCUGCCAUUUGAGCCCCUCAUUCAGAUCCUGUACAACCCCGGGGACUGCAACAAACUUCUGACACUCAGUAUCAUGAUGGACCUGUGGUUGUCUGAGGACUUUGGUGCCACCUGGAGGAAGAUCCACGACAGUGUGUGUUUGGUCAGAUGGGGUCCAAAGAAUAGCAUCUACUUUACCACAAACACCAACGGAUCAUGCAAUGACAAAGGCAUGUUACAUCUACGAAAGACAUUCGACUACGGUAAAAGUUUCCACACCAUUGCAACGAGAGUUUACUCGUUUGUACUUGGAGGAAGAUUUGUUUUCGCUUCCAUCAUGACUGGCACGAGUACAGAGCGUAUGAUCCACGUCUCAGUAGAUGGAGGCGAGACGUGGAACAUGGCUCAGCUUCCUACAGUCACCCACGAGCAGUUUUACUCCAUCCUGGCAGCCAAUCAGGACGUGAUCUUCAUGCACGUGGAUGACCCUGGUGACUCUGGUGUUGGAACCAUCUAUGUGUCAGAUGACAGAGGAACUGUGUUCUCCAAGUCUCUGGAGCGCCACCUCUACACAACCACAGGAAGUGACACUGACUUCACUGUCAUCCAUUCACUCAGGGGCGUCUACAUGACCAGUGUGCUCGCAGACGAUGGCACAGUGGAGACUGUAAUCACCUAUGACCAAGGAGCAAAGUGGCAGAGGCUGCGCAGACCAGAGAACAGCCACUGUAACACUGACACCUUUACCAACAGACCUAACAGAUGCAGGCUACACAUCCACGCCUCCUACAGCACCACUAUGAAGAUGAACGUCCCCAUGCUUCCUCUCUCACAGCCCAGUGCAGUGGGCCUCAUUCUGGCCCACGGCAGUGUUGAAGAUGCAGAGUCAGUUCUCUUCCCUGAUGUGUAUGUGUCUGAUGAUGGGGGCUACUCGUGGAUGUUGGCCCUCAAGGGACCCCAUCAUUAUGCUAUACUGGACUCAGGAGGCCUGCUGGUGGCUGUGGAGCACACUAACUUACCUGUCAGCCAGAUAAAGUUUUCCACAGAUGAAGGACAGUGCUGGCAUACAUAUAACUUCACCAAUGACCCACUUCACUUCAGUGGCAUGGACAGUGAGCCUGGCUCUCGCUCCAUGAACGUCAGCCUGUGGGGCUACAGGAAGGAUUUCAGUAAAUGGGUGGUGAUCACUAUAGACUUCAGGAAGCUCCUCACCAGAGACUGCACAGAAGGAGACUACGUGCAGUGGCUGGCUCACUCUUCAGACACCACUGGUUCUAAUGAUGGCUGUUUGCUGGGCUAUAAAGAGACCUUCUUACGCCUGAGGAAAGGCUCUGUUUGCUGGAACGGGAGGGACUAUGCAGUCACCAAGAGGCUGUCCCCCUGUCCGUGUACACUGGAUGAUUAUCACUGUGAUUUUGGGUAUUACCGACGAGAGAACAGCUCAGAGUGUGUGGAGCAGGAAGAGUUGAAGGACCGUCCUUUGGAGUUCUGUUUAAAUGGGACCACUGAACAGCUGCAGACCAGUGGCUACCGGAAGAUUCCCAGCAGCCAGUGCGAGGGAGGUUUCCAACCAGUUAGGAAGGAGACGGACUUGAGGAGGAUGUGCACCAGCAACGCUCUUCUUCCUUAUUCCCUUAUUGAAAACAGUUCAACGAAUACUGCUCUCAUAGUCAUGGUCGUCAUAGCGAUCCUCCUGACAAGCGCUGUCGCAGGUGUUUGGCUGGUUAAGAAAUAUGUCUGUGGAGGACGGUUCCUUGUGCACCGUUACUCUGUUAUGAGGGAACAUGCUGAAGCUAACAAAAUAGAAGGAGUGGAUGAUGUGGACCCCCAUUACAUGGAGACAGGAAAAGCACAGUACAAUGAGGACUCGGAUCAGGACCUUUUAGAAUAAGAUUUCUUCCCACUCAAAGGCUCUUCAGACUAAAUCUAAAGCAGUCUUUCAUGAUGCCUGGCAUUCCUGUUGCUCCCACAUGCUGAUUAACAUCUGCUUCUCACUUCUCGCUAUCCCCUGGAGGCCGGAGGACUCAACAGCAGCGGGGCGACUUCCUAUAUUGCUUCCUUGUACCGGCUGAGACUCCCAGCAAAUAGGCGCACUGGUGAUUUUGGGAGGGGAGGGAAGGGGAGGGGACAGAAGAAAGCCUCUGGGAUCCCCGGAGAGCUUUUGUUCUCUCUGUCACAGAAAAUUCUGUAAAGACCUUUGAGUGUGAAAAUGUGCUCCAUUGUGCUCUGUAUGUUUCCUUUCAUGAUGACCUGAGAAGAGACCGCGUUGCACUGCACAAGCACCAUGCAGCUGCUACAGCUUGGACAUGUGGGUGCACAGAAUGUUUUAUUAAGAGCUGGGAAACAUGGGAGAAACAGGACACAGAAAAUAAUCAGUAUUUUAGCUCAGAGUUUUCAUCUGCUGUCAGUUAAGUAGUUUUUGUACUCUGUACAUUUAAAACUUUAGGAUCCAGUCCUUGUGUUCAUGGUGGGCCACUUUAUCUGUUUCACUAAUCGCUAAAAUGAAGCAAUAACAUCAUGUUUUGUUCCUCAUUUGGUCACAGGUUUUGGGAAAUUGGGGUUUUCUAUUUGAUACUAACUCCUGUGAACAGUGGUACCUCUUUUUAAUAGUCUUUUUCUUUCAACCAUACUGUCUGGAUCUUUGAAGGUAAAAACUGGCCAGAAUCGAUUAAUGCACUAGAAAUUGUAAGACUCAAAUUGGUGAUUGGAAUUGGCUUUUUUUAAGGAGAACCUUUCAUCUUUUGUUAGGUACCAGAUAAUGUGUCGAAGUUAAUGUAGUUCUUGCUUUCAAAACAUGUUCUCCUAGUUCAGUGUGCAAAUAAUGGAUAUUAAAAAUCAGAAGCUGCUGUGCUACUGGGAAUUUACUGCACAACCAUCCCUUUACAGAGAAUGGUCUGAAAAAGAGACAAUAUGCAGUUAGUAAGUUUUCUGGGUGGAGAUUUCUUGUUGAUUUCAGAGGAGCUUUGAGCUGACAGGAUUCCAACAGUAACUCAAAUAACCAUUCGUUACAACCAAGGUAUGCGGAAGAGCAUCUCUGAAUGUACCACCCACCACACAGCAGAUGGGCUACAGCAGCGGAAGACCAGACUGCUGUCAGCUAAGAACAGGAAGUGGAGGGUAUAUCUGCAUAGGCUCAUGGGUAUUAGACAACAGCAGAUUGUUGCAGACCAGGCAUCAACAAUCUGCUGUUGCCUGGACUGAUGAGUCUCAGUUUCUGUUGUGACAAUCAGAUAGGGUCAGAAACAACGGGAAACCAUGGAUCCAUCCUGCCUUUUAUCAUCAGUUUGGGAUGGUGGUGGUGUAAUGGUGUGGUGGAUGUUUUUCUUGGCACACUUGUUCACCACACCACAGUGCAUUCUUCCCAUGGCUGCUUCCAGCUCGAUAACAUCAUGUUACAAAGCUCAAAUCUUCCCAAACUGGUUUCUUGAACACGAGAAAGAGUCCACUGUACUCAAAUGGCCUCCACAGACACUAGAUUACAAUCCAAUAGAGCACCUCUUACACAAUUUAAACAAUCUAUUACGUAUAUAAACUGUAGUAAACAAGAGUAAACGAUGUUAGUCCUUCAUUUUUAGUGCCUAGUGAAACCCAGCCCAACACAGUCAUUAUUUUUCACUCUCCUGCGAGUGUGGUGAAAAUGAGAGACUUGAAUUAUUGCCAAAGCACUUUUAAUGGUUAUUUUUCAAACGUUAGCCCAGCAUUAUAAAAACUUAUGCUCAUCCAAACCCUUUACUUGAACUUCUAUGAUAUUCUUGUUUAACAGGAUGCGCCAGUACAUUGCUGUUUGUUUGUAUUUCACUGACAUUUCUGUUUCUGUUUCAGUUUUAUUUGUCAUAUGCAAGUUAGCACAGGGUCAACAUUGCAAUGACCCAGGCAUAAUCAGCAAAUAAAUAACGAUAAACGAAUAAAUAACGAAUAACGAAUAAAUAACGAUAGUGGUUUUAAAAAGAAGUGCAAACAUUUCUAUAAUCAUCUGAUAUAAGCGCAACACAAAACAUAACCUCACUUUUUGUUCACAAUAACAGUGUAUUAAGAUUAAUGGUGCCUGGUGACCGUAAGGAGCGCUUGCUUUAUAAAAUUAACUACACCUGUGUCCCAGUACGCAUGUCUGUGUAAUAUCAAGUGUUUUAGCUGGAAAGUUGGCUGGCUGCCAUUUUUAUUAUCUGCGGUGUAAGAAGUAUAACAUUUGACACACAUAUAGGGCUUAUGGCUAAUGCUUGUAUUCUCCAGCAGAUGCAAUACCACCCCAGCAAAUAAGCUAUUGCAAUAAGCUGGCCUAAUACUGAGGCAUAACUCAAGGAUCGUUAGGUGGACUUUGUCAGAUAUGAAAGCAGGUUUUUAAUGCUUGAUCCUUCUUGAUUUACUUAACUGUCAGUAAGAACAAGCCCAGCUGUCUCCUGCAUUUAAUGAUUUAUUAUUGCACUACGUCUACAGAUGUGCGAUGUUGCGUGUGUUCUAGUCCUUGUGUGUUUUGUAAAAUAUCAGGGGCCAAGAUGGGUGACAUUCUUUCCAUCUCGUUUUCUCCGCUGUCUGUUUGCUGGGAUGAGUAACUCUGGAUUCAAUAUUCUGUCAAGCAGAUGUUUUUAUAACAAUGUUUGCAUUUAUAGACUGAAAUAAUACUCUCUUUUACAUCUG